AUGAGAGACAUUUUGAGCGGCAAAAGGACUUGUGGCACCAAUGAAACCGUGCACCUAACGGAGCAUUGUAGUGCUUUGAUUUUGAGCCCUUUCCCCCCAAAGCUCAAGGACCCUGGGAGCUUCUCGAUUCCUUGUAGCAUCCAAGAGCUUAAGUUUGACAACGCUCUAUGUGAUUUGGGGGCGAGUGUAAGUAUUUUGCCGUACAAAAUUUAUGAGAAACUUAGUCUUGGCGAUCUCACCCCUACCCCUAUGUCCUUGCAAUUAGCCGAUCGCUCGGUUACGUUCCCAUUGGGUAGGGUUGAUGAUGUUCCUCUAGUGAUAGGGAAGUUGACUUUCCUCGUUGACUUCAUUGUCUUGGACAUCGAUGAGGACGCGCAUACCCCUAUAAUAUUAGGGAGGCCAUUCUUGGCUACGGCGGGUGCUCUCAUCGAUGUUCAAGGUGGCCUUAUCACUUUGAAGGCGGGAGACGCCAAGGCUAGUUUCAAGCUUGCUAUUGAUGAUUAA